UCCACGAGAUAUAAAACCCGUAAUUGCAGUUGCGUCCGUGUCACUCAGUUAGGCGCGUCGACUGAUUCAAACUCUCUCGCAAUGUCGCGGUUUCUUCUGCUCUUUUCGCAAGUCGUUAUCCUGUUUCUCUCGGCGAGGGCCUCGUCGGAGGUGAAGGAGCCGACCUGCCAGGACAACGGCAACGUUACAAUGUUACAACGUUUUGGUUACAACGUUUGCCACUACAAGGGAGUCCUCGUCGAAGUUACGCAAAGCCGUUUCGAGGACCAAUCGUCCCUAUUGGACCUCUACAACCUGGACCUCUUGACGAUUCGAGAGAACGCCUUCAAGAACGUGUCGGCGACGCAGUUGUAUCUGAAUCGGGGCAACCUGAUAUCCGUGCUGAAGAGAGAAUCCUUCCGCGGUUUGCCCAACUUGAAGAGCCUCGACUUGGACAGCAAUGUGGUACCGUUAUCGGGGUACUUGUUCGCGGAUUUGAAACACCUGGAGAUGCUGUAUUUGGAAUCCAACAAGAUCAAUUCGAUACCGAAGGAUUCGUUCGCCGGCUUGUCAAGCCUGAUUUGGCUUGACCUAGGUCACAACGAUAUCGAAACGAUCGAAGCGGAAUCUUUCUCAAAUCUUAAUCCCGGACUGUUGUACCUUUGCCUCUACAGCAAUAAAAUCUCUCGCGUCGCGCCGGAUUCCUUUGCCGGGUUAACUGAACUGAAUUGCCUCUAUUUGAACGACAAUCGGUUAGAGGACUUGCCGAGCUGUACCUUUCGAGGAUUGAACAAUCUGGAGGAUCUUGACUUAAGUUACAAUCGGAUAACAAGCGUCUCCAGAUCGCUCUUUCGCGACUUGGUCGGUCUGGAGAGACUCCAUCUUCAGCAGAACGAGAUCAGCGCUCUCGAGCCGGAUACGUUCAGGGAUCUGUCUCAGCUGAAACAACUGGACCUGAGCGGAAACAAACUGUUUCACAUUGUAGUCGGCACUUUUGCUGGACUCUCCAAUCUGGAAGACAUCAAGCUGUGCGACAAUGGCAUCCACACGGUGGACAAUGGCACUUUCGCUGAUCUCGUCAAACUGCGAUAUCUCUCCUUCGAUGGCAACAACUUCGAAAUCGACAAGGAGGUCAGCGGCCUCCCACAUGUCACUGUUAUUACGAAACUGCGCGUCGGCUUCUUUUGGUCUCUUUCGGCGAUGUUUCUUCUGCUUUUUUCGCAAGUCUUUAUCCUGCUUCUCUUGACGAGAGCCUCGUCGGAGGUGAAAGAGCCGACCUGCCAAAACGUCAAUGGUUACAAGGUCUGCCACUAUAAGGGAAUCCUCGUCGAAGUCAUGCAACGUCGUUUCAAGAAGUUCCGCUUGGACUUCAGCGACCUAGACCUCCUGGAGAUUCGAGAGGACGCUUUCAAAAACGUGACGGCGACGAUCUUGCUUCUGUCUCAAGGAAACCGGAUAUCCGUGCUGAAGAGGAGAUCCUUUCGCGGUUUGCCCAACUUGAAGAUCCUCCUCUUAGACAGCAAUGUGGUAUCGUUGUCAAAGCACUUGUUCGCGGAAUUGGGACACCUACGGUACUUGUCGUUGGUCUUCAACAAGAUCGGUUCGAUACCGAGGGACUCGUUCGCUGGGCUGUCAAGCUUGAUAAUUCUCGACCUGGGUCAAAACGAUAUCGAGGCAGUCGAGACGAAAUCUUUCUCGAAUCUCAAUCCCAGACUGUUGUACAUGUGGCUCAACAGCAAUAAAAUCUCCCGCGUCGCGCCGGGUUCCUUCGCCGGGUUAACCGGAUUGAAUAGCCUCGACUUGGGCUACAAUCGGCUAGAAGGAUUACCGAGCGGUGCCUUUCGAGGAUUGAACAAGCUGCAGUAUCUCUACUUAAAUGACAAUCGGAUAACGAGCGUCUCCAGGUUGCUUCUCCGUGACUUGGUCGGUCUGAAGAGACUCUAUCUUCAACAGAACGAGAUCAGCGUUCUAGAGCCGGGAACAUUCCGGGAGCUGUCUCAGCUGGAACUACUGCGACUGGACGAAAAUAAACUGUCUCACAUUGUAGUCGGCACUUUUACAGGACUCUCCAAUCUAAAAGAUAUCGUGCUGGCCGACAAUAAUAUCCGCGCGAUAGAUAACGGCACUUUCGCUGAUUCCGUCAAAUUACGGUAUCUCUACUUCGGCGGCAACAACUUCGAAAUCGACAAGAUCAGCGGCCUCCCACACGUCACUGUUAUUACGAAACUUUAGGGAUCUAUUUAUAUAUCGCAAGGGGCAAUCUACCUUUGAAUUUUGCUAAAUUUUUAAUAUAUUACAAUACAUUCCAUUCACUGGUACAGAGUAUAUAGUAACUCUGUUCAAUGCGCAAUAAUUUAUGAAAUAUUAAUGUUAAAAAUGUUUUUUUCGAUAUUAAUAAUAAAUGAAUUAUGUUUAUGCAAAGAAGUUGCAUUCAUAAAAUGUGCUUGGUGCAAAUUAAUAGUGUGUUUUAAAUGUUUCUGUGAUAAAUACCAUCCAGAAACGUGUAUUGUAACCAUAAUAUUGAUAGUGUACAAAUUGAAGGUUUCGACACGGAAGAUUAAUUAUUAUGGAAUGUAUUUUUGUUGUGUCGUGUGCAUAAAUAGUUACGCCCACGAAAAAGUUUUAAACGUUAAUAUUUUAACUAUUGCGAACUGGACAGAGUUACUGUUUACUGUACUUUAUAUUAGUGAAUGGGGUGUACUGUAAUUGUAUUAAAAAUUUAAUAAAAUUUAAAGCGUCAAGAGUUGUCCUCUUAUCAGCGUUGAAUUCUUUCGCAGUAUUGGAAAGAAGAAAAUAUAUGCUUUGAUCGCGAUUUUAUGUAUUAUUCUGUUAUAAUAUAAUUUAUAUACCUUAUAUUGGAAAACGUGCCAAAAUUAAUGAGAUUCUGACUCAGCUCGUGGAUAAACGUUAAGUAAACCUACAACGAUUUUUUCGCCGAGAUACGUGCAGCAAUGUCUCGCUGAAGACAUAUACGGAGAAAAGAGACGAUGUAAACGCAGGUGGUAUUGCACCGAGAUAUUUCUUCACUUAACAAUACUUCGCGUUUUAUAUAUA